AUAUUGCCAGCCUUGGAUUCAGUUUUGUUUUUGCAGUUUAAUCCAGCUAUAAGUAUGGUUACUCUCAAGGAUUAGUUUCUAAAGAAACUUUUUUGUUUCGUCCCUGAGAGAAUGAAUGAGGUUUUUGUUGUCUAAUUCUUUGACAAGCGCUUGAUCGUCUUUACAGUGGGUUUUCUACCUUAGCAACUUAUAGGUGUGCCAAGUCUCUUCCAUGCGUGAGAUGCCAGUCCAUUCCAUGGUUAGCAAAAUUCAGCGAUGCUGUCUUUGUGAUAUAUUCAGUUAUUUGCACAUUAACACUGCCAAAAGUGGUUGCUAUAAAAAGCUGUUUGGUCCUAGUUAUGCUUCAAAACCGAACCAAACUAACGUUAUUUAGCGAGGAGGACGUUCAGCAAACUCUCCAUUUGGGAAAGUCGCGAGAAGUUACGCGCAAGUGGCACACGAAAGGAGAAGCGAAAGUGAGGGGCUCUCUUUUCCCCCACCCCUCACAGCUUUGCCGUUCGUUCGCGCGUUUUCUCGCGGCCCGUUUCGCUCGCAGAAAAUGGAGAGCUUGCUCGCAGGCUAGAAACUUGACAGUGGCUCUCUAAGUGACCCCAACUAAGUGGUCACUUUCAGAUAUCGACUUUUGAUUUGGACGUGUCGAGUUUUGUUGGAAGGGGAAACCGUAGCACUCGGAGAAAAACCUCUUGGAGUGGCGAGAACCAUUCUCGUCCCCAGAGCCCGUCGUUUCUUGGUCACGUGGUUAGGAAACGAGGGGCUCUGGAAGCAGCCGUUACCGGAUGUCAGAAAAUUUCUGACAUCCGGUCGCGCAUGUGCAAAAGUUACAAAUAUCACUGCUCAUGCUCAUAACGGAUUUUUGUCCCUCACCGCUCCACUGGGGGAAAAAUGUUACUUCCCGAGCUCUCUCCAGAGAGUGUCUUCUUUGGGGUGUUUUGAAAAUGCAUCACUUUACUCAACUUGGAUUCACUGAUAAUUUGGAGUUAAAAGAAGAAGACAGCAACAGAAACCGGCUGAACACACUGUUGGUUUGCAGAACUGAGACAAUUAAUCGGCAGACUAUCGUCUGAGUUAUGUGAGUUUUCUUUUUUCAAUCCGUUUGGCGAACAAACACUGGGAAAGCAAUAUCGCGAAGGAUCGAUAUAGUGCGGGAAAAAGUCAAUCUGAAAAGGUAUCUUGUUCCAUGUCCUGCAACUGCUCUCUUACUGACUUCAAAACGCUUUUUGAAACGAAACCAUUCAUGAGUUGUGUUAGGAAGGUAAAAUAUAAUUUUCAUUUCACUCGAGCUGGUUGUGUUUUUUCCAAUGUUUAUUUCCUUUUGUGGUGUCGCAUGUCGGGGUUUUAAUUUUGCCCAUGAGCUUUUGUGGACACCACGUGUUAGACAACCCAAGGAUUUACGUCGAAACAAAUUAAUAUUAAUCAUGUUACCGACCCAGGGUAGAAAACAUAUAUUACAAGGUUUGUCCAGGAGAAGUGACAGUCUAAUACACCUUCAUGGGCCGGGCUUCCAUGCAUGGCAACUUUAUACAGUACUGGGUGAAUCAAAUUCCAGUUCAGUUCUCUCAGUAUAUUAACCCUAACCGAAACUUGAACCCCAGUUUCCUAACCCUAAUCAUAAAACUUCUGGGUCAUUUGGUGUUUAUGGGGGCCAUUCAGUGUUCUGCUAAAAGGGUUUAUCCUCCUAAAGAUUUCGGGUAUCAUCUCCUAACUAAGUACCUCAGAGAGAGAGUUUUCAAUAAUUUUGCUGUCUGACUCAGAAAAUCAUUAAUACCUGAAAAAUGUUGGUUGUGUAGUGACCAAUCACCAUAAAGUUCCGGACACAUGACCAAAUCUCAAAACCAAAAAGUAAUUGCCAUUGCUGUUUGAGGUUUUGUUUUCUCACCCCUUGUUAGCUUUUUCUUUGCAACACAAUAGCAUUCCUUAAUAUUUGUGGUGUUCAUGGUUUUGUAACUUUCACAGUAUAGGUGAGCUCUUGUCACCUCUGUUGCAGGGGUAUAAAACAGUUAUAUGUACUGUUGAUUACCGGUUACUGACAAAAAGUGUUUCCUAGGACCCUGAUUUAGUAGAAAGUGAUGGUAAUUAAGCAAAUGCAUCCAGAGAGAAACCUGUUUAACUACCACUUAUGAGCUCAUGGGUUACACAUCUUUGUAAGGGGUUUUAAGGGUUUUUUUCUUACGAGAGGGCUUACAACCAGGGGGACAUUUUUUCUUGUUCACUGGUAAAUAGGCCUAUAACUGGGGGGCUUAUAAGUUGGGGGAGGCUUAAAAGCAGUAGUUUAAGGUAGCCUGUGCCAGACAUUCAGGUAUUGGGGAAGGUGCAAAGAGAACAAAACUAAAAAAAACCUGCUUUUUUUAAUGCUCUACUUCUCACUAUCUGAAUGCCUAGAACGGGUUACCAUAAGCUAUAUAGCUGUACUUUCUUAUCUGGAACAGUGGAAUCUACGUAGAGUGAUAUAUGCAUUGUAUAUAGAUUGUAUGCUUUAAGAGAUCCCCCGUUAAGAAGUACACUUUGAGUAAUACACAACCCAAAAGCAUUUUCUUGGGUAGUUGCUCUCAUCAAGUUUUGAGACUGGAGUGCAAGACCUGCAAGGUUUGAAAUUGGGGAUAGAACUUUGGAUCAGGCCUGAAAUAGGAUAGUGAAAAUCACAUGGUUUGGUCAAAAUUUGGCAAGGCAAGAAGCAUACUGCAGGGUGAAUCUGAACUGAUUUUUGGGGGGUAGAGCCCCACCCUCCUCAGUUGUAUUGAAACUGAAUGUGGUGCUUUAUAGAGUUAAAGUAGAAUAUCUGCUCACAGGUUUUGAUAAUGUAUAAUUUUUUAGUUCCCUUAAAAUUCAUUAUUUUGUGUUAUAACACGAGGCCUCCAACAAGGAAAAAGUUUUACCAGAACUGAAUCAUUGACCAGUGGAAGCAAGUUUUAAUUUGGCUCAUCAUUAUUUGUCAAUAACCAAGUAAACUAAGAUGCUCUAUGCUUAAGUAAGCCAACGCUGUGUGCAAGCUCAAGGAGGGGUGGAGAGCAGGUGUGGUUAGGAUUGGCGAGUAAACUAUGAUAUUGCUGUUGAUUAAGCUAUAAUGUUACCCACCCUAUCAAAGGUGACAUACUGCAAAAUCCAGUUGUCAUCAUCAACAAUUACUUACCCCAGUAUGAUACAAAAUAGACUACUCUAGGCUGUUGUUCAUUUAUCAUUUUAUUUAUCAACACCUCAGUUGUCCCUAACAUCGUCAAAAAAUCUAGACCAGUUUUCACAAAAUGUAUGGCUAAUUAUAAACAGUUAAGAGGCUGUCCGCGUAAGAACCGAUAAGGCAAAUUUCGGUCUAUCACGGAUUGCCCUGAUUUUUUCAGUGGAAGAUAACUAUCCUAUCACAUGAAGAAAUAUCACAUUUAUUUGGACCAACUCAAUUUUUUCUCUAUUUUACAGGAAGAUUUUCUCGGUCACCUAAAACUAGCCAGUUUGCCGUCGGAAGUGGUGCGAUAUUGCUGAAACUUUAGGGCUCUGUCAAACCUACCUUACAUAGCCGAAUAAGCUGAUUAUUUUACACACAAAAGUUUUAACUCUGAUCAAUAGUUUCAAGGUUUAAUGGUUGCAUUCUGUGGAAAGUUGGCUGGGAUAUGAUUUUUUUAAAAUGACCUUUAACUUGCUCAGCAGGAAAAGUAAUUUGCAUAACUAGAGCUGAACGGUAAUUUCGCAAAAGUGGCACCUGACCCAGACUCAAGUCUAUGAUAAAUCAGAAGUACUAAGACCAGUCUACUUCUUAAUGCAAUAAAAUUUGUGGGUACUCUUCUUUGCGUGCCGUGCAAAGUUCCGUUAAUGUUCCAAAAUUCGCCAUUUUGAUAGCAAAGCUGGAAUUGUAACGGGUCCGCAUCUGAUCGACUAAUUUCCACAGCUUUAACGUUUCUAGAUAUCACUAAAUGUCAUUAGACCCUUUAAAUGUUGGACGUUUGAAAACAUGUGGAGAAAACUUAGUAAUCGCUUUUCCUUGGGUCUUUUUCUUGUCGACGAUGAACGUGACUUCGUUCUCCGUAUGCAAAUUAGCCUUAGAUGCGUUGUUUCAACAAAUUGACAGGAAAUAUAAUCCUUGCAUUUCACAUUUCUAAGGGGAAAAAUAACUCUCCUUUCCACAGAAAAACACAAACCAUGACUUAGAAUCCCUUAAGGCCUGCUUUUUUUAACGAGGAAGAAGCAGCUGAAUAAUAUAUCAUGAUAUAUGUUUGCGUGGCUUAAAAUAAUUCAAUUACUGUGGUCUGUCACGCAUUCCUAAAGAGGGGUGGUCGAUUAGAAAACAAUAGCGUUGUGUCCAUCAAUUCUAUAAUAUUAUCAUCUUUUUUUUUUUUUAAAUGAUAGUUAUUGAUAAUAAUAAAAAAUAAGAGUUCACUUGCAAGGUAAGUCCUCUUGUCAGCACACGAAAAUUUUUGGGCACUCUUUUUGCGUGCCUUAAAAAAAUAGCGUUAACGUCGAAAGCUUUAUUAUGAUAUUUGCUUAUCAGGAGAAGGCAGAUCUUUGUACAUGGCACUAAGAUAAAAAAAAAUGCCCCACACGUUUUCUAUCUUAAAUUAGCAGUAAAUUUCAGUUUCAUUCAAAGAUCUUUAAAGCGUUUAUCGGCAGCAGAAUGAAACGGGAAAAAUAGUUCCUUUUUCAGUGAAUAAACGCAAAAGGGAGUAUCUUUUUAGUUUUUGUUAGGGUAUAACAUCCGAAUUCCAACGAUGAUCUUGUUUUGGUUUCAAUGUGAUUGAAUUAUAAUGCAACAGGUUCCAGUUUCAAAUAUAAUUAUGUCAAUGAAAUCGCGAAAGAGAUCAAUUGUGAAAAAUGGCUUUUUCGGCCAUUUCAUCAAGCAGUUCUUCCGCGAGAUCGUAGACAGAGUGAGGUCCCAGUAGGGGUGUGGAGGAAUAUCAUUUAUGCACUCUGUGACCAACACAUAUUACGUCGCACUUAGCCAGCUGUCACUUGUCUAAGUGUAGCAAGUGUAGCAAAGACAAUGAAAAUGAGCUCAUUUUAGCGAGAGUACGUAUUCGAGGCUUGGUGGGUAUUCGGAACUGAAAUGUCAAUCUGCCCAAGGCACAGACACUAAAUAGACCCGCCUCCCCUCAGGCUAACACUAAAAUGACAAUCUGCCCAAGGCACCGAACACCUACUUGGCAGGUUUUUGCGAGCGCCAAGGUCUUGUUAGGCUCGAUUAUAAGCCGCUGUUCUGGAAAAUGAGCCCCCAACGGACGGGGAGACGGCGGAAAUCGAGCCUAAGGUCUUGUCAAUAACCCGGUCACACUCUGGAUCAUACUGGCAAAAUAACUUCUGUGGCAGGAAGACAUGUCGUAAAUUUGCAGAUAGCCAGCGAAAUAAGUCAAAGUUUUGUUCCAUCGCGUAAGUAUCAUUCUUUUUUCUUCGUCGUGCAAAAAAGUCUCUUAACGUACAGAGAUAUUCUAAUUUCUCUAUUUCACAUUUCAUCUUGCGAUGUUUUCUGAAGUUCGUUUCCAGUUUAUUUGAGCUUGCAAAGAUAGUUUUUAUUUCUAUUUUUUGACAGCAGUGUAUCUUGCCCUAAUCAAUUCUUACCUUUAAAAUGCUAUACAUACCGGUUAAUCCGUGUGUUGUAAAAGAUAGUUUUCUGAUGAUUGUUUGAAGAGCAUUAUAAAUGGAAAAAAAAGAACUUUCUACACGGAGCCAGGAUCCAACCUCGUCCCCAUGGCUUUCCCGCCCAUGCCAUUUUCUAAGAAGAAUGUCCUGGGGACGAGGCUAGGAGUGAUUGUGGUCGACGUGUCGUAUAGCCGAUUUGCUCCUCCUGUCGCAAGAAACUUGAAAAAUCUUGCGCCGAAGGGUCGAGAAGAGUACGAUUGAACAGUCAGCAACCAUGUCCACACAUUUGCCGGAGAGGAUUAUUGGACAAGAUUUCUCUGUUUUUUUUGUUUUGAUAUCGUUUUCAUUAAGUCUUCAAAAAUGCCUCCAGAUUGCUGUUUUUUUUGUUUUUGUUUUUUUUUGUAUUUAUACCCUCUUGACCAAUGUGCUCCAUCUCAUCUCUCCAUUUUUAACCUACCUUACCAUCCACCCUCUCUCCCCACUGUUCCACCUCUACUUUUACAAGCAUUUGUACUUAAGGGGGUGAAAUUUCUCCCGUGUAUAUUAAUUUCUGAAAAAUUAAGUCCUUCUACUUUUUCCUUAAAUUCUUAAACUUAGUUCAUUUUUCUUUAAGAACCGCCAAAGAUGCUGCUAAGGCUGCAAUAAGCGCACUCGCCCUUUCAUAUACUUCAUCUAGUGAAAUGCCCACCUUUCUUAUACCUGAAUCCUGAAAAAGAUACUCCUUUGGGGCGGAACCUCCCCGUAUAAGCCAUCAUAGGGAGUUCCCCCCACCCCUGUUCCAAUUCCGUGCUCACCUAUUGCCAGCCCAUGUUGGACUCUAGGCCCGUUUGAGUCAACACGUAAACAUAGUCCUAGGUGUAUACAAGUUGAACUUGACCAUAGAGAUCUGUUGCAAGAAGACGAGGAGUUCGAAAGGCAAAAGCUUAUUGCCGAAAUCGCUGAAGAAUUGAGACCACAACACCCUCAACCAGAAGCUUUCAACCUAUGUGUAUGUCAAAGGAAGAACAACCUAGUCAGUUCAACGUGGUAAUGCUAAAAAAAUCUUGUGUCACUUUAAAAUACCAUUCAAAUCCAGGGAAAGAAAGGGAGACCUAAUUGACAAACUUUCGUCUUUCAUACAAGAUUGCAAGUGCUUUUCUCCAUCAGCUCAGGAGUGAACAUAGGGAUCCUUAAUUUAGUGUGAUUAACAGCCGGCAAAAACUUUUGGGAUUUAACAGGAGACGGAAAGUCAAUUUUCUGCAUGCCAUUCCUCAUUUUUACUGAAAUGUUGUUAAUUGGCGAUAAACACAAUGCUCUGUUAAUACCACCCUAAGGUUUGUAGGGUAGCCUAUAGUUAGCUAGGGAUUUAGGAAAUCUGUAUGCUGCUUUAAGGACUUUGCAGGCGUGGUCCUGUGGUGUCGCACGGUAUUUCUAAAGUUGUUUGCGAGCUAUUUCCAAAAUAUUAAUAGUUAAUUCUGUAAUUGAAAAUAUUGUGCUAGUGCUCGUGAAUGAGAGUGGCCGUGUCCAAGUGACUACUUUGUAGCUAAUUGUCGUGUAUUACACCAUGGGCUGUCAUAUUAAACCCCAUCCUCACGGUGGCGCCCGGGGAUACUGACUCAGUUAAAACGGUCGUAGAAUGAAUAAAUACAACAGCACGGUAUUUCCCACCCAGUAAAGAAUCGGAAUUAACAUUGAUUAAAUUGUAUGAUUAUCAAUAACUAUCACUUCAAAAAAAAUAUAAUCAGAUAAAAGAACUGAUCGAUACACGGCCACUCUCGGGGAAUGCGUGACGGGCCACAGCAAUUAAAUUAUUUUAAUUCGCGUAAACAUGUCUUCUUCUACUGCUUCGUCCUCGUAAAAGAAACAGACCUAAGGGGAUUCUAAGUCAUAUAUCGUUCGUGUUUUUCCGUGGAAAGAAGAGAUAUUUUUCCCUUAAAAAUGUGAAAUAUAAGCAGUUAUGUUUCCUGUCAAUUUGUUGAAACGACGCAUCUAAGGCUAAUUUGCAUACGGAGAAUGAAAUCGCGUUCUGAUCGUCGACAAGGAAAAAAAAAAAAUCAAGAAAAAGCGAUUACCAAGUUUUCUCCUCAUGUUUUCAAAAGUCCAACAUUUAAAGGGUCUAAUGACAUUCGGUGAUAACUAGAAACGUUAAAACUGUGGAAAUUAGUCGAUCAAAUGGGGACCGUUACAAUUCCAGCUUUGCUGUCAAAAUGGCGAAUUUUGUAACAUUAACGGAACUUUGUACAGCGCGCAGAGAAGAGUGCCCACAAAUUUUAUUGCAUUAAGAAGUAGACUGGUCUUAGUACUUUGAUUUAUCAUAGACUUGAGUCUGGGUCAGGUGCCACUUUUAUGAAAUUACCGUUCAGCUCUAGUUAUGCAAAUUACUUUUCCUGCUGAGCAAAUUAAAGGUCAUUUUAAAAAAUCAUAUCUCAGCCAACCUUCCACAGAAUGCUACCAUUAAACUUUGACACUGUUAAUCAGAGUUAAAACUUUUGUGUGUAAAAUAAUCAGCUUAUUCGGCUAUGUAAGGUAGGUUUGACAGAGCCCUAAAGUUUCAGCAAUAUCGCACCACUUCUGACGUUAAACGGGCCAGUUUUUGGUGACCGAGAAAAUCUUCCUGUAAGAUAGAGAAAAAAUUGAGUUGGUCCAAACAAAUGUGAUAUUUCUUCAUUUUAUAGGAUAGUUAUCUUCCACUGAAAAAAUCAGGACAAUCUGUGAUACACCGAAAUUUGCCUUAUCGGUUCUUACGCGGACAGCCUCUUAAGUUUUCUUGUAUUUUGGAAUUCUUAAGCCAAAAAGGUUGAGAACAUUGUGCUACCUUAUGUAGUGAUCAGAUAACACAAAUAUUUAUCAAGAAAAAUUUUGCAAAAGCUGCUUCUUUGUUAACUGUUCAUCAGUUAUAAAUAACCCCAGAGCCCCUUGUUUAUCUUUGUCUAAAUGCCACACGACUGGAGGCCAAGCAAGGACUGUUAGGAUGAGGAUAUCUUCUUGCAAAACAUUUGUAACAAGUCGGCCACAUAGCCUUUCCUUUCACAGCCCAAUUCUUACUGUUAAAUUAAAAAUUAAAAGAAGGCCUCCGAAUUAUCUAAGCAUGAUUUAAGCAUUAAUUAAGUGGAAGAAAACGUAGUUUGGAAAGAGUACUUGCUCUAUCUUCUUUACACAAUUAAAAAAUUGCCUUUUGCAUGCAGCCCAAAAUGAUUCAUAAGCAAUUCAGUUCUGGCUUUGUGCACUGUCAUCAGUGGUCUAAUGAAAUAAAGGCAUAUAACAAAAUAUUAUCUUGACGUUAGUAUAGCAAAGGAGAUGCUCUUUCAGCAGAAAAUAUAAUAAAUUAAAAGCACACUGCAAUAUCGUUUCCGUAAUGUAGUCGAAACUUGAUUUCCUUUCCUACUGUAGCACCGACGAAUAUCCAGAGGAAUUAGAAAAACUGAUUAGACUAAUUAAUAGCGCCAUACAAGUACAGUAUCAAUCGCUUGAUUUUUUAACGAGCAAGGAGCAACAGCAAGAGCUAACUAACCAUUACUCCUCCCUUUAGUUUCCCACAACGAAGGCAAUGCAAUACUUUCUUUGUCAAGGCUCGUUAUCUUCGUAGAAACUUCUCAAACUUUACCUGCAAUUCUCUUCUUCUCUGCUACUGCAUAUAAACAAACCAGGAUUGUCGCUAUCGACGAAACUCAGACACGCAUUUCAUGUUUGCAGGCACGAAGUAGAAUGCUAUGCGCAGUAGAUUAUAUUUUUAAUUUGCUUUGCGCAUUCAAUUGCUUUCAGCCAAUGAAAAAAUUCGUAUUUUCCGUUGCGUCCAGAGACUGGUCGGUUACAAAUUAAGCCGAGUGACUCUGGGGACGAGAAUGGGCGAGAACUAACAACAAACCUAACCCAUGUUUAAAACCCAUGUAUGGUGUCGACGCCUGGCCUCUACCCCAGUCCACAUUGAUGGGUGGUGAGUGCUCUUUCCUCUGCGCCAUCCCUGCUCUCCCCUCCCCUCCCCCAAAAAAGCACUUGUAAUAUAUAUAUAUAUAUAUAUAUAUAUUUUUACAGAGAACCCUAUCAGUUUGCCCGGCAUCGGCGACAGCGAGGUAUACGUCAGCACUUCAAACAUGCAGUACUAUGAUGACGCCGAGGAUUUUCUGUACUCUGAAGUGUUGUCUAACUAUGGAGACCUGCUGGUGAGUUUCAGUAGCCUUGCAGCUCUUCAAAACCUCUAAUUUAUUUGGGUCCCUCUAUGUCACAACUCAUUUAAUUUCUGGCUAGGUUACAUUGUAAACUUUGUUUGUUCAUAGUUUUCCUAACCAAUCCCGUGAAGUCUUCCGACGGCUGCAACGUCGCCUGUGGGUUUGAACUCUUUCAUUUUUCCCCCUGAAAAUAGCCUUCUACUUGUGACCAGUAAUAAUAUUUGCCAGGUUCUCCGAUAGAAGGGACGCCGUGCAAACAUGUCAAGCGAAAAUAGGACGCGUGGGAUCUGGGGAAGGGGGCGGUUGCGCCUCCUCUUUCCCCAGUCCCCGGGUGUUUUUCGCAUCAGUUUUAACGAUCUCUGCACAUUACUUUCUUGGAGCCUGGAACAGGCUCCUCUAGAUCGGUGAAGGAGUGGAGAAAUGAAGGGAGAGGCCAUGAUCGCAGGCUAAGUUGGCCAUGCAUCUCGCCAUUUCGGGCCCUUAACCUCGUUAUAUUGUCACAUAAGGUCACCCUGACACUUAAUUCUGUCGCAAAGUGUUUUGGUUUCAAUACCAUCAUGCUAGUCACGCCAGUAAAGCUUAGUCCGCUUCAAUUGACUAUCUAAUACUAGUCACGCCAAUUGGUUGCAUGUGAUGAAAGUCACAGCAAUUCGUAAUACAUUGUAACGUUAAGUCACUAUUCCAGCUUUUCUGGACUCUUCAGCACUUGGUUUCGCUACAUUUACCACUUUAAUUUCGCUGUCGUGAUUUGUUGCUUGUAAAUCUCCUGGAUUAAGUGCAGUGACCGGAAGUUGAUCUCAUUAUUUUUGCAUAUCGUUAACAGGGUGUUGAAAGUGAUGCCGAUUGCCGUGAGCAGCUUGCUGAGAUUUGCAAAGAAGCCAUUCACAAACACAAUGGCUGCCCCGCGAAGAAGGCCCUUGACAUUAUGUGCUCUGUGGGUCGAUUCUCCUACGAGCUGAGCAAGAGCUUGAACAAGGUAACCACAAAGUCAUUGUUCGUUUCACACUUCUUUUCGAUUAGUUGAAUCCUCUCAAAGAUUUAGAUGUUCUACUUGACAAGACAGUCUUUGAUUCUGGAUUUAAAGCCUUGGAUUCCGGAUCCCAGGUACUGGGUCUCAGUCUUUAUAAGUGAAAUUUGGAUUCUGGAUUCCAAUCGUUAGUGGCAUUCCGGAAUCCAGAGCCCAGGAUUCCGGAUUCCACAAGCAAAUUUUUCGCCAAUUCCAUAAUUCGGAUUCCCUUACAUGGUGCGAUACUUGUCGUAGUAGAGCAAGCGACGGCGGUGAAGUUGAGGGCUUUGUUACAUGCUCAACGGCGCAACCUACUUGCAAUUCCGUCGGAAAACAAGUUUUGCACAUUCUGAAACUUUUUCCCUCAACUCUCGUUGUUAGCUGACAAUUCCACAGAUAGCAGGGCGUAGUAUUCGUGUUUCGCAAUGGCAUCUCACGCAAGUUUUAGAACGGUUUCAGCGUGCAACCGAUAAUACUACUUAAUUUCUUCUAUUUCUGGUGAUGCCUGACCAGUUGACUGGGAGGAGUUGAGUGGGGGAGAAUUCAGUUCCGGUCAAUUAACAGUGAAUGAAUGAGGCUGAAUAUCUUAUGAAGAAUUAUGGAGAUCGAGGCGGGUGUUAUUCUUCGAGGCCGUAGGCCGAGGCGGAUAACACCCUCCGAGAUCUCCAUAAUUCUUCAUAUGAUACGAAAGCCGAAUUCAAUAACUGUUUUAUUAUUCAUUCAAAAUAAUUCCUAGUUUAAAAACAUAGCUAAAACAUGCUUACCUCCAUCGAUCCAUCGAUGUUCAGUUCAUCUUCGAUAGUGUACGUUUAGGUUUGUCCAGUUCCGCAAAUAUUCUCCAAAUAGCAGAUGUCGCCCUUCGAGUUGUCUUCUUGCUGUUCUUGCCAUGUUUUUACCUAUUUUUGCGCCUAGUUCUUACUCUUGAAACGAGUGAAAUGUCCGCCAUUUUUUCAAGUUCACAACCAAAACAACUCAACCUCGUGCCCAGGUCUUCUCGGUUAACGGUGCCUUAACCUGCGAAAACGCUGCAUUUUUGACGUCAUUUCCUCGUUAAAGUCAAAAUUCUUCCAAAUUUGGUCAUCAGUAACUGGUUAUGGUGAAUUAAACGUGUGCUUUUAGCCAAUCAGAAUCGGGGAAAUAUUUUGAAUGAAUAAUAACACGUUUUAACGAAAUAGAUGCACAGAAAUUGCCGGGUGCUAUCCAGGUUAAAUCAAAUCGUACGUCGAACUAAUGAACUUAAAUCGAGUAGUGUUUGUGUAGCGUGAAGUUGAAGGUUGACGCGUGUCUUAGCAGAGACUUUUAGAUUCAAAGACAAGGACGAGAUUUUCUCAGUACUGAGUAUUGCGCGCGCGUGAACCAGCGUCAUUUUGGCGGGAAAAGGUGAUAGUGGGCGUCGUCAUUCUACUACGAAUUUUAGCGAGAAUGUCAUAGUGACGGAAACAAGUUAUCAAGUGUUAGAAGUUUUAUUAUUCUGCGAUCAGAAAGGGCUUAACCUCCUUCAAUAAAAAUAACCGUGUUAACGUUUCUGGUUAAAAAAAGAAAAAAUGUAGCUUUCUGGGGUGUCGAUUUUUUAGAAUAAGUUAACAAAACUUUAAGUCAAAUCUCGUCUCUACUUCCAAAUUUUUCUCGACACUUCUGUGAGGGUCCUUAAGAGGUUUUUCGGGAUUCGGGAUUUAAAAGCAAUUUUUUUUGGGGGGAGGGGUGGGUGAGGGUUAGGGUUAGGUAAUUUGGGGGACGGAGUGAGGGUGGGAUUCAGGAUUGAAAGUGAGCACGGGUUGCAGGAUGCCUAAAUUUAUAACCAUCGGUAUAACGGGAUUGAAGAAGACAAUUUGGGUCCGGGAUGAAGGGAUUGAAGACCCUAUUGCGACCCUCUUCUAUCUCUGUGACAGGUGAUCGCUAUCGACCACAGUGGACGUUUGCUGGACGCUGCUAUGAAGAUUCAGCAGGGAAAAUCGCUAGAGAUCAAGGGCGCUAGAGAUUUACCUUUCGUGAAUAUUCCGCUUGACAAGAUCAAGGGUAAUGUUGAUCGAGUGCAGUUUCGGCAGGUUUGUCUAAUGGUGAUGUUUAAAAUGGUCUCUUACGCAGCCAUUUUUGUGUCGUCACGUAACACACCUGAGGAGCGUUGCGUGACGACACAAUGAACGGGGACUUAUUUUUGAACUGUAUUGUUAAAACGAAUUGUUUGACAUCGCCACAAAAAUUGAUGUUUAAAGUUUAACAGCUGGAUGUUCACACUGCUAUUUGGAAUUCUAAGGAGGAUUGUUAAUGAAAUGUGUCAAUGUAGCCUUCGCUUCAUAGUGAAGCAUUUAAUCCAUGGCAGACAUGAAGAAAUAGAAUGACAAAAUGCACGAAAUAUUUGCCAAACAAAUUUCUGGUUUGUCUGGCUAAUAUUUUGAUCUGCCAGAAAUCAGUGCCCUUUAUAAAAGAAAAAAUAUAAUAUAUUGUAGCCCUUACUUUUCGCCAGACCUCCCCUCGUCUCGCGCUUCGCGCGAAAUGCCGCGUACACCUCGCUCUGCUCAUAAAGCUCUCGUUAUGCAGGCUAUCAGAACCUUGCAAAGAAACGCCUCGCGUGUUCCGAAAAUAGAAGCUGUUUCUUGUGAAGUUUUUUUUAUUUCCCUUUUGUUAUUUGCUUUUGCAGUUUACCUGGCUGCCAAAUGAGAUUGGUGUUUAUGAUUUGAUCGUUAUGUUAAGUCUUCAACGUCUGUCGAAUCCUAAAGGUAAGAAGUUUUGGGUCAUUAUACGUUUCCGGGGAAACUAUCCACCUACCCCUCCCCCAACCCAACAUGAACACUUAAGGCAAAAUGUUGGCUAAGGGGAGGGGACACAGUUCAGUUCCCCGAAAUGCUGAAAACAUUCUUUGAAAAGAUUCUCUCUCGGGAACCAAAUGUAACCUUUUUUCCUUUCCGAGGUAAAUUUUGUUCGUUGUUGAUGACAUUGUUGUCUUUGUUCCAUGACCUAAAAAGUCGAUUCAGAAGAACAUCUUGUUCUUCAUUAACUAAAUUACUUUUUGUAUUGUCUUGUUUUCGCUUCAAAGCAAAUAUUUUUCACUACAAAAAAACUUUUGAUAUCUCCAUUUGUAGGUCUAAUUAUCAAUAUUUUACUUGCGUUUUCUCUCUUUUUAGCAUGGUUGGUGCGCCUGUGGGAAAUAAUGAACUCUGGAGGCAUACUUAUAAUCAAGACCAAUGUAUCUUGGGACCUGGAAUCUCUGCGAGCUGUGUUGAGAACUAAGUAAGUAUGAUGAAAUCUGGCAACUUCUGUACUUCUCUUCUCUUUACUCUAAUUUACCGCGCGAGACUGGAUCAGCACUUUGCUAAAUUGCACCAUGGGACUGUUUUGGAGACGUAAUCGCUUCGUUGUUUGGCUAUUACGAGGUUGCGCCGAAAACUAGGUCAAAAAGCGUCCCCCAAAACAGUCCAAUAAUACAGUUCGAAUCAACCUCGGCCCAGUUGCACGAGCCAAUAGGUUAUUUGCACGAUGACGUCAUUUUACUACUACGACCAGAAUCCUUCAGGGUUUUUCUCUCUUGUGCAAAUUAAGGCUUUUAUUAUUUAAACCUCGCUUGGAUUACCAAAUUUUAAUAUGAAAGAAAAGCGAAAAGGAUUCUGGUCGUAGUAGUAAAGUGACGCCAUCAUGCAAAUGGCCUCUUCACGCAGGGAACUGUUCACAACUUUGCGUGCGUUUAAUAAACACUAUAUUUUGAGUCCCUUUUUUAACGUACAAAGCUGUCUUGAAAUUGAAGAAAAACCUCAGAAUAAUGUGUUCAGUUAAAAUUAGGAAGAUGCCUUAAAGUGUAUUUUAAACUGUAGAGAAAUAUGAAUGGUUUAGUAUGGGAGUGAUAAACGUGGAUUGCAAACGGCAAAUUUGAAAGGUGGCCGAAACCGUGGCGAAAUUCCCUGCCCUUUGCCACUUCCAACUCUUCCGAAGUCGUAACUUUAAAUCUCGCAUUUGAGUGAAUAUUCGCGCGCGUCCAGGACGCUGACCUAAAAUCUUUUUAGCCUUUGUUUAUUCUAUAUCCUAUCAAAUGUCUCAUUUCAUCCUUGUCCUCCUUCUUUUAAGGUUCGAACUCUUGGAAACCCGUUUGGUCUCCAGCAAAAGAGAGGGACUGGGCAAGUCUGAUAUGUGUCACUCAAGUGUCACUAUCUGGCGUUUAAUGCAUUAAAUCAGCUUCCAAGGUGAACCAUUGUGAGGGAUAAAUGCUCUAAAAGGGUCAAACGAUUUCUUUCUUUAGCAAUAUUACAAAAAAAAAGGCGUAAACUGAACUCCGAAAACGAAAACCUGCAGCUUUGACCCAAACUCAUGCUCUGUUCUCUUCGAAAAUGGUAGGGGCAAGAAAAAGCCCUCGGCACUAGAUUGAACAUGACCAGGAUGUAGCUUUGGCUGUGCGCAUUCUCUGUAGCAACCUACAACACAAUUAACAAAUGCGUAGUUGAAACAUUACUGUUAAACUGGGGCUUUGGCUUUCGUUAGUACUCCAAGAGUGUCAACUUAUAGCUUUGCUCUAUAGUACUCGAAGCAAAGGGAACAACACAUUUUUAAGAUCCAUCGACAAAAACUGAAUCUCAUCACCCGACAAUUUUCAUGACCUGACAUCAUUUCCUCCAUGGCUCACCAUACCCGCCCUUGUGUCGCUAAUAUUUAGCAUUUUUCUAUCGUUAAUUUUUUUUAAGCCGAUAUAAACCUCUAGGGACAAGUAAUUGUACCGCUAUUAUAGACAGCAUCCUAGUGCUUUUAGCCUAAAACUAGAUUUAUAAGUCGUAUAACCUAGAGACGACGUAAAUAUAAUCAAUAUAAUAUAAAAAAGUAAUCAAUUUAGAUACAAUAGGUAGUGUAGUUAGUUCAAUGCUGUUUAUUAUCAUGUAGUCGCUAAAAGUGCUCAUGUAAUCACCUAAAAUUAGGAUCGUACAGUUUGCGAUGUAUUUGUGACUCGUAAGAUGAAGCGU